UUGUUUGAAACCGGGGGCAGAGAGGGAGGGAGAGAGAGGGAGAGAGAGCGAAGAGCUCUGAGAGUGGGAAGAGAAGCAGAAUAGAGAGGAUAACUCUCAAAAUUCACAAAUACACUCCUGAUUUUACAUACAUUUACGUUUUCUUCUACUAUUUUUCCUUGUUUGGCGCCGAAUCAAAUCUGAUUUAAAUGAGUCGCUUAGGGUUUAAAUCCGUGGUCUAUCACGGGGACUUGCGUUUGGGAGAGCUGGAUGCUAUCCCGGUCUCGGACCAGAAUUUCCAGUUCCCAAACAACGAGAUUCGCAUCCACCACGUGUCGCCACCGAGUGAACGAUGCCCUCCGCUUUCGAUUCUCCAAACGAUUUCUUCGUUUUCGGUUCGGUGCAAGCUCGAGUCGUCCUUGAUGGUCGAGCAGUUGCAGCUGAUCAAUCUCCACGCCAUGUGCUUUUACGAACUCAAGACGGCCGUGGUAUUGAUUGGAGACGAAGAGAUUCAUUUGGUGGCAAUGCCAAGUAAGCAGAAGAAGUUUCCGUGCUUUUGGUGCUAUUCGGUUCCUGCAGGUUUGUACAAUGCGAGCUUAGGGAUGCUGAAUCUGCGUUGUCUGGCGAUCGUGUUCGAUCUUGAUGAAACGCUGAUUGUUGCAAACACCAUGAAGUCGUUUGAGGACAGAAUUGAGGCGCUUCGAGGUUGGAUUGCACGUCAGACUGAUCCAGUGCGUGUGUCGGGAAUGGCUGCCGAGAUGAAGCGGUAUAUGGAUGAUCGAAUGCUGUUAAAGCAAUACAUGGAGAACGAUUAUGUGGUGGAUAGUAAUGGGAAGGUAUAUAAGGCGCAAUUGGAGGAGGUUCUGCGGCUAUCUGAUAACCAUGAACGAGUUGUUCGGCCUGUAAUACGGUUUCAAGAAAAGAAUAUUGUCCUUACUCGUAUCAAUCCUGAGAAUCGUGAUACCAGUGUGCUUGUGAGGUUACGACCCGCAUGGGAGGAUUUGAGAAGUUAUUUAACUGCAAAAGGUAGGAAACGGUUUGAAGUUUAUGUGUGCACUAUGGCAGAAAGAGAUUAUGCCUUAGAAAUGUGGAGGCUUCUUGACCCGGAGGCACACCUUAUAGGUUCAAAUAAACUCCUGGACCGUGUUAUAUGUGUCAAAUCAGGCUCUAGGAAAUCGUUGCUGAAUGUCUUCCGGGAUGGCAUGUGUCAUCCAAGGAUGGCAAUGGUAAUUGAUGACCGUUCGAAGGUUUGGGAAGAUAAGGACCAACCUCGAGUUCAUGUGGUUCCUGCAUUCACUCCUUAUUAUGCUCCUCAGGCAGAGACAGCUCAUGCUGUUCCAGUCCUCUGUGUAGCAAGAAACGUUGCAUGCAAUGUCAGAGGUUACUUUUUCAAAGAGUUUGAUGAGAAUUUGUUACGAAGAAUCUCUGAAGUCUUUUAUGAAGAUGAGGUGGUAAAUUUACCUCCUGCUCCUGAUGUUAGCAGCUACAUGAUGUCAGAGGAUGCUGGAUUUGUACCAAAUGGUAAUACUAAUGCCCCCAUUAGUGAAGGGAUGAAUGGUGUUGAAAUUGAACGGAGGUUAAAUCUAAUGGAUGAGAAGUAUAUUAACGAUUUGGCUACUCCUUCAUUGACAAGUAGUCCUGAGUUAAGAUGUGAAACCUCUCAACCUCCUCUGUCAGCUUUUCCAAGUGUCAUUGGCCCCGCAUCUUUGAGACCAUUGAUGCCUUCUCAGAAACCUGGUUUACUUGGAACUCCCGUUAGACGAGAUGGCAUCUUAUCUGAUCGUGAUUAUGAUAUGAAGAGAGGACAUCUUACAACGAAACAUGGUCCAGAUCUAAGGAUUCAAAGAUCAGGUGAACCUCCUAUUCUGUCAAGAUUACCUACGCAAUCAGCGUCAGUGAUGCAGCCACAGGGAGGCUGGUUGGUGGAAGAUGAUAUCAGUAGACAUUCAAAUAAUCGAGCUUCUGGAUUUGUUCAAGAAGCUGAACCAUUAAAGCCCGAUAAACAGUGUGCCCAUCUAAAGCCAGUUCCUCCUAGCACACCAGGAUCUACUCCUACUGGUUUAUUCUCACAAACAUCCCAAGUGAAGGUUGAAGAGGCAUGUGCUGGUUAUGAUUUGCAAAAACAAAAUCUUCCACCUGCAAGUCGGCUAUCAGAGGUUGGUGUAUCUCAAAAUCAGGUGUCCAAUAGCCGAGAUGUUCAAACUGAAGCUGGAAAAUUGAACCUGCUAUCUUCUCCUUUUUCUAUUGGAGUUCUGCAGGAAAUUGCACGGAGAUGCAGCUCCAAGGUUGAGUUCAGGUCUGUUGUAAGCACCAGUAAAGAUUUGCAAUUUUCUGUUGAGGUUUUAUUCACUGGUGAGAAGAUAGGGGUUGGAAUGGGUAAGACAAGGAAAGAUGCUCAACAACAAGCUGCUGAGAAUGCCCUUCACAGCUUAGCAGAAAAAUAUGUAGCAUAUAUUGCACCUCGUUCUGGGGCCGUUGAUGGAGAUUUUGAUAAGCUUUCUCUUGGAAAUGAAAAUGGAUUUGUAUGGGAUAUCGUCAGUUCCGGAGCGAAUGAACUGCUAAGAGAAGAUGGGUUACCCAAAGAAAGCACUUCUGAGGCUGGUGAAGGUGGAUCUGGGAAUGCUUCUAAUGUAAAUCAGCAUGUACAAAAGCGAGCCACUUCCCCAAGGUAACAUAAGACAAAGGGCAACCGCUCAUGAGGUGAUGUUGCAGAGCACAACAGUCCAAUCUGCAACACUGAGACCAAGCAAUCCUCCGCUCUACUUCCGGCAUUGAAAUGAGGAUCAACUUGUUCGUUAUUUGUCUCAUCAUCAUCAACAUCUUCUUCAAAGGGCAUUGACGAGUCCACUAUAUCCAUGACACGUUUUGGCAAAGCUAUUGCAGUGAAUUUUUGAAUGCUCAAACCAUCUUUGAACAUGUCAUUGGUAGGUCUUUUUACAGCGAACAUCUCCGGCAAGAGUACCCCAUAGCUGUAAAUAUCUCCAAGUACGGAAAUUUGGCCACCCAUCCCAUACACGAUCAUUAAGAUACUAUAGUCCUAAAGUUUUGAAUUUAAAGUAUGUAUAUUUAUAUGGACUUGGCCCUUCUAAAAUUGGGUUUAAGUACCUCUCGUUUCAUGUUUGGCUUGAACCGAGUUAUUGAUUGAAAACAUACCUGAAGCAAUGUACCAGAUGGAACCCUUCAUUGCAACUGACAGGUCUGACAUACUUUGAUUUUGGGAGGGAUCAUGUGAUGCUUCGAGGACAAACUUCGCUAAUCCAAAGUUGCCAACAUGGGCUACCAUAUCUUCAUUGAGGAGGACAUUGCUUGGCUUUACAUCACAGUGAAUAAUUGACAUUUGGUAAUGAAGAUGAAAAGAUAUUCCGGUGCAUAAGCAACAUCUAAGGCUAUGUUCAGUCUCUGAAGAAAGCUCAAUCUCUUGCAUUGAUGUUGCUCAUCCUCUAUUGGAUGCAGCCAUUGGUCUAGACUUCCAUUAGACAUGAACUCAAAAACUAUACUCUUAAAGUCGUUCCCUUGAUGAUCAAUGCUUGAGCAACCAGUGAUAACCUUAAGAAGA